AUUAUUUCAAAUCGAGUUUGUGAGUGUGGCGAAUGAGUGAAUUAUAGAAUUAGCAUCUCCCGCCUUCAAUGUGUAUUUAAGGCGGGAAACUCAUGUGAAAUGGCGGGAAACAUCCAUCCUUCCAUAAAUCCAUCUACUAUUCAAGCCUCACUCUUUCUCUCUCUCUCUCUCUCGCCUUUCUAGGGUUUCGCAGAUGUUAUCGAGCCAAUUCGAUGGUUCCGCCGCCUUCUUCGGCGGCGGGUUCACGUCGUCUCAGCUCACUCAAGCCUCUGAUUCCAGUCCUUCUUCUGCCAAGAGCCGCGAAAGUCACGGAAUUCGUCCAGUUACAGUGAAGCAGAUUAGUGGAGCCUCACAGUCUGGCGGUGACAAGUCCAAUUUUCUCAUUGACGGUGUUGAUGUUGCUAACGUUACAGUGAUUGGAUUGGUUUCUGAUAAAUCUGAAAGAGUUACUGAUGUUGAUUUCUCUCUAGAUGAUGGAACAGGUCGAAUUUUCUGCAAGAGAUGGUGUAAUGAAACUUUUGACAAAAAAGAAAUGGAGGAUAUACAUGAUGGAAUGUAUGUUCGUGUUGUUGGGCACCUAAAUAGCUUUCAAGGCCAAAGGCAAGUAGCCGCCUUUUCUGUCAGGCCAGUGACAAACUUUGAUGAGGUUACAUUCCACUUUAUCCAGUGCAUUCAUGUUCACUUGCAAAAUUCUAAACUAAAGCUGCAAGGUGAAUCUUCAUCUCAUCCUGUGGAGAUAAAUCCAUCUCUGCCCAGCUCUCUUGGUUCAAAUGGAUAUCAACCCUCCCAAUCAAAUCAAUUCUCUGAGGAAUUGAGUAUUGAAGGAUUCGCAGCUUUUGAUCAAACUGUUCUCAAUUAUUUGCGGCAAUCUUCGAACGCUGGACAGGAAACAGGGAUACAUAGGGAUGAACUUUCUCGACAGCUGAAAGUCCCUCUGGAGAAGAUCAUGUACUCCUCUCUCUCUCUUUCUGAUUGUGGAUGUGUGCGCGCGCGCGCACUUGAGAAGAAUCUGUCCUCCAUACAACAGAAUGGAAAGAAGGGAGAAUGGUUCCCUGCAGCAAUCGACUUAUCCUCUGUUUGUGGGAUGCCUUGGAUUUGGAUUUAUGUGGAUUUGAACAAAAUUUAUACAAAAAUUGUAUCGAGUUUUGUUCAUAUCCACGCAAAUCUAAAUCUAAAGUUCAAAAUCCAUGCUUCCAGAUAUAAUAUUUUUAUUGUUUUUGUUGUAUUGUGUAACCUGUUAUUGUAAUAACAUCAAGCAAUAUGUUCCAGGGAAUCAAUCAGAACGCUUGAAAGUGAAGGCAUGGUGUACUCCACGAUAGAUGAAUUGCAUUACAAGUCAACAUAAAAGGCAGUUGACAAUGCUGAAGAACUUAAACCUGGGAGGGACUGGUAAGAGCUGCUGGUUUGCUCUAAUUUGUGUGUUCUUUGUUACUUGUCUAACGAUAAGGGAUGUAGGUAUUUUUCAAAGAAUGCUGUACUUGUCAACAGUGUGAGAAUAGUUAGUAGUGUCAGAGCAUAUCUCACUUUUAAAAUUAUGCCUGUUGUUUAGUCGUUGUAGUUAAUAUUUGUUCUAUGUAUGGACUAAUCAUUUGAAACCCUAGUUUUGGGGAAA